UCCACCCCGUGGCCGCCAGCAGGUGCAGGUACACAGGUCCUGGACCCGUCCGCCCGCCUCGCCACUGUGGACAGCCGCCUCACGCCUCAGUCAGCCACACUCACAGCGCUGGACGGGACGCUGCCAACCACACUAAGUCCUUGGUAACCAUAUUUUCUUGAAGUUUAAAACAUCAUCAUGGCUCAAGUCAAUAUUGGAAUUCUAUUUGAAAAGCUUAAAAGCAGAUUAAGCAACAAGAUGUCUGAAGUGAUGACUAUAAUGAGGCCAGAAAACACAAACGAGGAAAUGUUUUCGUAUUUGUGGAGCCUGGAUGAAGCCCAUGCGACUCUAACGCCAGUUCUGCACCCAUCAAGCAAGUCAAAAGAUGAGUCCUAUGUGCACUGUAAACAGGGAGACAUAGCCUACCGCCUUCAUGAUCUAGUUCAGGCAUUAAGCUCUUAUAAUUUGGCCAUAUUAUCUGCGCCACAUCCAGACACAAUCACAGAUAGUCCUAAGAACUCUGGCAAAGACAAGUAUGAAGAAUUGGCCCAAGCUUAUGAGUCACGAUCUGUUGUGCUUUAUGACCUGAAGCAGUAUACAAAAUGCUCAGAUGACAUUGACCGAGCUCUGGAACUUGGCUGUGUACAGUCACGUAGAAAAUUAUUAGACAGGAAAAGUAUUUGUCUGAAAUUAAUAUCAGAGGGUAAAGACAAGGCAUUUGAUGCUUCAGCUGAAGCUUUAAACACCUUUGAACCAUGUUUUGCAUAUAUCAACCGUGAGCCCCCUAAGUUAGCUGACCAUAACCCAGCCAUACCGUCACUCAGCAGUGCUGUCAAGCUGGCCUACACUCACUCCCAAGGACGUCACCUGAUUGCUGAUAGAGACAUCAACCCAGGUGAUAUUGUAAGUGUUGAAGAUGGGUACUGCAGCACACUUUAUUCAGAAAAGUUACUAAUGUACUGUACUGUGUGUAUGAAAAGAUGCACUUCACCUUUACCUUGCCCCAGCUGCAAAGAGGUGAUAUUUUGUAGCGAGGAGUGUCAGAAACAGGGAUUAUCAAGCAUCCAUUGGCAAGAAUGCCCUAUUGUGUCAACCCUGCGUCUACUGGACAUUAAAAGUUUUCUUGCAUUGGCAUACAGAUUAAUGAUUAAGACCUCUCAUGCAAAGCUCAAGGAGAUGAUACCACUACUUCAAUGUGAGACCAAAGACCAGCCUCUCAAGAAUCUUGGAUUCAAUAAAAAUGGUGUCUAUGAUUCAUCAGAUUAUAGUGCAGUGUAUCACCUGACAACCAACAAAGAAAAGAUACCUGGACAUGAACUAUUUGUCAGGUGCAUGGAGGCUUUUGUUGUAACUAAACUUCUGUUGCUGAGUGGUCGCUACUUCAUCAGUUGUGAUGGUGAGCCCUUCACUCCAAGUCAUGAAGACAUAGUCCUGACUGGCAGCACACUCAUCCAUCAUAUGAUGGUCCUCCAUUGCAAUAGUCUUUGCAUUGCAAUUCCCAUCUUUAAUGUGAAUGGCCAUAAGGAGCGUCAGAUGGAAUUAUGUGGCAGGGGAGUUCACUCUGCAUCAAGCCUUCUGAAUCACUCCUGCAAUCCAAAUUGUAGUGAUUUUUGGUAUGGCACAACUUUGCUAGUAAGAGCAAUACUGUUCAUCCCCGCUGGCAAGCCAUUAACCUUCUCAUAUGGAUUAGAUGUUGCUGUAGACACAAGAGAUUCCAGGAGGUUAAAACUGAUGACUCAUUUCAAAUUCAGUUGUACUUGUGAAGCUUGUGAAAAUAACUGGCCAACUAUCUGGGAAUGGCCAACAUUCUAUAUUAUAAAAUGCACCAAAUGUAAUGAAGGAGAAGGUAUCAACCCACGUACAAAAGUUUGCCCUAAUUGCAAUCUGAACUAUGAUAAAGGUGGCAUGCAGGGACGAGCCCCUUAUAAUUACAGGCUCAUCAGCAAGAAAAUGCAAAAGGUUCAUGAGGAUUUUUUAAUUGCUAAUAAAAACAUCUUGGAAGAAGGCAGUAACUCUGAAAAGGACAUUAAGGCAGUGCGUGCUUUAAUUAAACUUUUCUGCAAGUAUGUGAAGCAGCCAAGUCUUGGUCUCCGUCUUGCUCAAGAAGCACUAUGCGUGUUCUGUUUACGUCGUUGUUCUUGUGUUUAUGUUAAACAUGAUACUGGAAACACCCUGAUAAAUCUUCUGAGUGCUGAGAUGAAUCAAGCACUACAACUGUAAGCAGUGUUACAAAAUGAGUCUAAAAAGUGGACUGUGGUAAAUCAUAUUUGUUUUACUUGUCUAUUAAAUGACAUCAACUAAAAAUACUUAGUUCCAAGGUUAGAAUUUCCAUACUCUAACCUUGGAACACUAGAAGUAGUAAAUCAUGAUUUGGGUCUGGUGUAUUGUUUCAAAACAUUUAUUUGUAAUGAGAUUGUUCCUGUUCUUUAUAUUCACUGAUCUUAAAUGAUGUCUGUAAGUAGUUUGCUUAUAAUUUUUAAGUUUAUUUUUAAUAUACAAGGAAGUUUUACAUA